CCGCGGUGAGCUGCUUGUCGAUGGUUAUCGGCUACUGAGCUCUGUCAGAAAACAUACUCGCGAUGUGUAUGACUUGAAAAAUUGUCGAGGAAUUACACAGACAGUGAGGCUUGUUCAAUUCCUAUGACUAAACCAUUUCUAGACUAUAUGUAGAUUUAUUAUCAUCAUGAUGGGUUUAAACCCCGGAUGAAUGAUGCUGGAAGCUGCAUUGAAUAAUGGGCGAUAUGAAAAAUGCAGAUUCUUGAUAUAUAAUUUGGGAAUUGUUUUAACACAUUGACGUUUAGGAUGGCGUCUCCGGGCCCAGGAAGAAACAAUGAGAAUUUCAGUUCUCCCAGUGGAAACACUCAUCAGGGGCCACACAUCUACUCCAAGCCUCAGCCAGGAGGGGGGAUCACCAUCAGGACUGACUCUAACAACAAACCGCUUAGCUCUGCCUGGGCCGCCGCGCUCGGGGCUGCUACCGCCAACGUCGGAAACACCAGCACAAUGACUCGAAAACGAGCACCACCACGAAAACAACAAAACCAAAAUGUGAGGCCACCCAGGGCUUUGUUUUGUUUAACGUUGAAAAACCCUAUACGAAAAUUGUGUAUCAGGAUUGUGGAAUGGAGAGCGUUUGAGUAUCUUAUUCUCCUGACCAUUUUUGCUAACUGUGUAGCACUAGCAGUGUUCCAUCCUUACCCAAACCAGGAUUCCAAUGAGGUUAACGCAGCACUGGAAAGAGUGGAAUAUUUUUUUUUAGUUAUAUUCACCUUAGAAGCAAUCAUGAAAAUUAUAGCGUACGGAUUCGUGCUACAUUCAGGUGCCUACCUCCGUAAUGGAUGGAACAUCCUAGAUUUUAUAAUUGUAGUUAUUGGUAUAAUAAGCACUGUCUUAUCGACAAUGAACAUCAGUAAUUUUGAUGUAAAAGCCCUGCGAGCAUUUAGGGUUCUGCGGCCCCUACGUCUGGUUUCAGGCGUGCCCAGUCUACAGGUGGUGCUUAACGCCAUUGUGCGUGCCAUGGUGCCUUUACUUCAUAUAGCUUUGCUUGUGAUCUUUGUCAUAUUUAUAUAUGCCAUCGUGGGAUUAGAACUUUUCUCAGGAUCCAUGCAUGAAACAUGUUUUGAUAAAGAAACAAAUUCCGUCAUGACUCUUUCUAAUGUCCAUCCCUGUGGGAAAGGAUUUACUUGUCCUAACGACUCUGUGUGUCAGAAAUAUUGGGCUGGCCCAAACGAUGGAAUCACAAACUUUGACAACUUCGGUUUAGCAAUGUUAACAGUAUUCCAAUGUAUCACAUUAGAGGGGUGGACAGAUGUCUUAUAUAAUAUAAAUGAUUCACUAGGAAAUAGCUGGCCCUGGAUAUACUUCAUUAGUUUAAUCAUUAUUGGAUCAUUUUUUGUACUCAACUUAGUUUUAGGUGUACUUAGUGGUGAAUUUUCUAAAGAGAGAGAGAAAGCCAAAGCUCGGGGUGAUUUUCAGAAGUUGCGAGAGAAGAAGCAACUGGAAGAAGAUCUCCGGGGAUAUCUAGACUGGAUUACUCAAGCAGAAGAUAUAGACCCGGAAAACGAGGAAGAAAAUGAAGAAGGUGCUACUCCCCGCCACAAAAACCAAGAGACUACUUCAGUGAAGACUGAGGAUGUAGAGAGUGGGGAAAUCCAACAGACGUGGUGGCACAGAAAAAGUCGGAGGUUACGGAAAUGGAACAGGAGAUGUCGUCGAAUGUGUAGAAAAUUAGUCAAAUCCCAAGCUUUUUAUUGGACUGUCAUAGUGAUGGUGUUCCUAAAUACGUGUGUGUUAACUUCUGAACAUCACGGACAGCCCCAUUGGUUGGAUAGCUUUCAAGCAAUUGCCAAUUUGUUCUUUGUGAUCCUGUUUACCCUGGAGAUGUUGUUGAAGAUGUACAGUCUGGGACUACAGGGCUACUUUGUCUCCUUAUUUAACCGUUUUGACAGUUUUGUCGUCCUCUUCAGCAUCAUAGAAGUCAUUCUCAUUUACACCAAUGUCUUUCCACCCCUAGGAGUCAGUGUGCUCAGAUGUGCUCGAUUGCUUCGUGUUUUUAAAGCUACAAGAUACUGGUCCUCCCUUCGUAACCUGGUGGCCUCCCUGUUAAACAGUAUGCGCUCCAUCGCCAGCUUGUUGCUUCUCCUCUUUCUGUUCAUUGUAAUCUGUGCCUUACUGGGUAUGCAGUUGUUUGGAGGAGAACAAGAGUAAGAGAGGAGAGAGAGAGAGAGAUUUUAGUGAAAGAGAGAGUAUAACGAAAAGUUGAACAAAAAUUACCCAUUUAUAAAACAGAACAGAAGUAGAAUAUUGACUGGUGAGGACUGGAAUAUGGUGAUGUACAAUGGCAUUAACUCGUAUGGCGGUGUCAACUCUGCGGGAUUAAUCACCUGUCUCUACUUUGUCAUCCUCUUCAUCUGUGGUAACUAUAUCCUACUGAACGUCUUCUUGGCUAUCGCCGUGGAUAACUUGGCCGACGCCCAGAGUCUGACGGAGGAGGAGGGGGAAAAGGAGGACGAAAAGGAACGGAUACGAUCACUACGGAGAUCCAAAACACCGGAGGGGGAGGAGAAAUCCAAGGAAGCAGAGCUGGAACCAGAUGAAGGAGUUGGAAUGAAUGAAAAUGGUGGAGAGGAAGAAAAUGCUUACCAUUCUCGACAGCCAAGUCAGAGGUCACACAGGUCAAGGCAAGAUGUUGGUCCAGAGACAGAUGAACACCGAGUAAGAAUCAACCUGGGACAUACAGAGGAUGAAUACAGAGACUCAAACCAUGUACCUAUUGAGGAAGAUGACGACCCGAGUGCCAGUGAUACCAGCUCGUUUGAUCUCCUAGAGGGAGAGACUGCUGCUGAGGAUGAGGCAGAUGAGGAGGACAUGGAAGAACUGGAAGAUGAGGAGGAGGAAUCUCAGGCGCCCUCAACCGCUCGACCACGACGAAUGUCAGAACUCCACAUUCCUGAGAAAAUCAAACCUAUUCCUAAGGCUACUUCACUCUUCAUUUUAAAACCCUCCAACAAAUUCCGUAAGAUUUGCCACAGGAUCUGUAACCACCCGUACUUUGGUAACAUCGUCCUGGCCUGUAUUCUGAUCAGUAGUGGAAUGUUAGCGGCUGAGGACCCUCUACAGUCAGAGUCCAAGAGAAACGAAAUCCUGAACUACUUUGAUAUAUUUUUUACUUCCGUUUUUACCGUUGAGAUUAUAAUCAAGAUCAUCACUUAUGGACUUAUUUUGCACAAAGGUUCAUUUUGCCGCAGUUUCUUCAAUAUUUUGGACUUCAUUGUUGUUGGAGUAUCCAUCAUAUCAUUUGUUCUUAACAAUCAAGCCAUAUCUGUAGUCAAGAUUCUCAGGGUGCUGAGAGUGUUAAGACCACUGAGAGCCAUCAACAGGGCUAAAGGACUCAAGCACGUGGUACAAUGUGUGAUUGUGGCUGUACGCACCAUCUACAACAUCAUGCUGGUCACCUUUCUCCUACAGUUUAUGUUCGCUGUCAUCGGAGUCCAACUUUUUAAGGGUCGGUUUUACAGUUGUUCAGACAGAUCCAAACUGACAGAGAUGGAGUGCAGGGGUCGUUACAUUGACUACCCAGAAGGAGAAAUAGAUAAACCUGAAGUGAAGGAACGGGAAUGGACAAACAACGACCUGAAUUACGACAAUGUUCCCAAGGCCAUGUUGACACUGUUUACUGUCUCCACGUUUGAGGGAUGGCCAGGGUUGCUGUAUCAGUCCAUUGAUGCCAACGAUGAGAACCAUGGGCCUAUUUAUAACUACCAACCCUUUGUGGCCAUCUUCUAUUUUAUCUUCAUCAUUGUCAUCGCUUUCUUCAUGAUGAACAUCUUCGUGGGUUUUGUGAUCGUCACGUUUCAGAAUGAAGGAGAACAGGAGUAUAAGAACUGUGAGCUGGACAAAAAUCAAAGAAAAUGUAUUGAGUUUGCUCUCAAAACUCGUCCUACCCGGCGCUACAUUCCUAAAGCUCGCUGGCAGUACAAGAUCUGGUGGUUUGUCACCAGUCGAGCUUUUGAGUACGGCAUUUUCACCUUGAUUAUUCUCAACACCGUUAUUCUGGCCAUGAAGUAUGAUGGACAGUCAGAAGCUUACUCAGAUGCCCUGGAUUACCUAAACAUGAUCUUCACUGGAGUCUUCACCAUUGAGUUUAUCCUGAAACUGAUGGCAUUUAGAUUUAGGAACUAUUUUGGAGACCCCUGGAAUGUGUUUGAUUUUAUCAUCGUCCUGGGCAGCUUUAUAGAUAUUAUCUACACGGAGGUCAAUCGAGAAAAGGGAGAUUUAAAGCCCGGGCAAGGCAUAAUCAGCAUUAACUUUUUCCGUCUAUUCCGAGUGAUGAGAUUGGUCAAACUUCUGAGUCGAGGCGAGGGAAUACGAACUCUUCUUUGGACAUUUAUCAAGUCCUUUCAAGCACUUCCCUAUGUUGCUCUGCUCAUCGUCAUGCUGUUUUUCAUCUAUGCCGUUAUUGGAAUGCAGUUGUUUGGUAAAAUCUCUACAGACGUGGAGGACUCUCAGAUCCACAGGAACAAUAAUUUCCAGACAUUUCCUCAAGCAGUAUUAGUUCUCUUCAGGUCGGCUACAGGAGAGGCGUGGCAGGACAUCAUGUUAUCCUGUGUGGGGGGUCAGGACUGUGACGCUAUGUCUGACGCCAAGCCAGACGAGAAAUGUGGAAACGGCGUGGCCUACUUCUACUUCAUCUCCUUCUACAUGUUGUGUUCAUUCUUGAUUAUUAACUUGUUUGUGGCUGUCAUUAUGGAUAACUUUGACUAUCUGACUCGUGAUUGGUCGAUUCUGGGGCCGCAUCAUCUGGACGAGUUUGUCAGGCUGUGGUCAGAGUACGAUCCAGAGGCAAAAGGAAGAAUAAAGCAUUUAGAUGUUGUCCAGCUGCUCAGAAAGAUAUCACCCCCUUUGGGAUUUGGGAAGCUUUGUCCUCACAGAGUUGCCUGUAAGCGUCUUGUCAGUAUGAACAUGCCCCUGAACAGUGACGGAACCGUGAUGUUUAAUGCCACGCUGUUUGCCUUGGUGCGAACGUCUCUAAAGAUCAAAACGGAAGGAAACAUUGACGAGGCUAACGAGGAUCUACGUAGAGUCAUCAAAACAAUCUGGAAACGAACCAGUCCUAAACUUCUGGACCAAGUAGUCCCCCCUGCUGGAGAAGAUGACGUGACAGUGGGAAAAUUCUAUGCAACCUUUUUGAUUCAAGACUACUUCAGGCGAUUCAAAAAACGAAAGGAGCAGAUGAAAAAGAUAGAGAAGGGGCAGGAGCACACAAAUGCUCUACAAGCUGGGUUGCGAGCUGUACAUGACCUGGGACCAGAAAUUCGCCGUGCAAUAUCAGGAAACUUAGACGAGGAGGACUUCGCUGAAAAGGAUGUCGAGGAACCUAUGCACAGGCGGAACCACAAACUGUUUGGAUUUGGCAGUGUCAUGACAGCCCUCGCAGGAGUCCAUAAAACUGCCAUCCCUUUUGCCAGUCGGACACAGUCACUUCUGAUCAAUCAAACACCCAAAAUCUCCUCCCACACCAACCUCUCACCGCAAAACUCACUCAACGGAAAAGUGACCCCAGCAGACAGCUGUAACCAUCUGAGUGUGGAACAGCGCAAUGCCAUCAACCGAACUCCCUCCCCCCUAGCUCCUGUUCGCGUCUCACCAAUGAUGAGCAAUGAUUCCCGUCGUCAAAGCCAUACCAGUGGAAUUUCAUCGUCUGAAUCCCACCGUGACUUAGUCCCCAGGAGCCCCAUCAGCCACGACGCUGUCCCCCCUAGGAGCCCCAUCAGCCACGACACUGUCCCCCCUAGGAGCCCCAUCAGCCACGACACUGUCCCCCCUAGGAGCCCAAUAAGCCAGGACGGCUCCGAAUCUGAGGUCCCUCAGUGGGACAAGUAUAAGCCUCAGGAUGUCACCAAGAAACAGGGCAUCUACGUCUACAGAGAUCUGCCACAAGAGGACAGUGAUUAUGAGCGAGAGGAUAAUGCCCCUCCUACUCCUCCCCCAAGGAAGUUAAGUCGUCGGGGAGCAUCACUACGUUUGGCCUGCAUAGGGAAACAACAGAGUGAUGAAAAUCCUCUCAUGAAGAAGAUCGCAGAACCAUUAAAGCUUGCUCAAACUCAGGCCAUGGCAGUGGCAGGACUGACCAGUGAUGGUCGACAGCGGCCAAACGAUUAUUCUAAAUUAGGGCUUCCAGAAAACAGAGCUUCCUUCCAAAACCAAGCACAUUCCACAUUCUCACGUUCAAACUCCCUCAUUGAAGGACGCAACAUGUCACCGAGGCAGAAUCUACAUAGAGGCUCUGACACCAUGGCCAUUCAGGACUCCUCGGGCAUGUACUCCCGUACCAAAGAGGCGGGGCCUCUCAUCAUACCGAACUAUGUGAUGGCCAAUCAGAAAUAUCGACACGGCAGUCACAAUAAAUCCAGUGCUGAAAGCUUGGUAGAAAAGGUGCUGACCGAGGAGGGCUUAGAUCGCUAUGUAGAUGCUCACACGUUACAACAAGAAAUUGCAGAGGCCAAUGAUAUGACAGCGGACGACAUGAACAUGGCAGCAAGAAUGUUACUUCACCCACCAGAUGAGAAUCACACGGGGGCGCUCCACCCUGGCCAGAGAAGCCCCUACUAUGAACAUCUCGGGGGGUUCCUGGUGCAGGAGAUGAAGGACUAUAACUGUUACUCCACCAACGAUGACCUGAAUCACAAGAGCUACAGUCCCAGCUCAGAGGAAACCAGUGACGAUGAAAUGAAGUUCCGUUUGACUAGACAUGCUCACAGUUUUAGAUAUUGACCUUUGACCUUCAGCCAGUAAAAAAACCUUGAUCCUCCCCAGCUGUGAUAUUCCUUUGUGUGUGGAGAGACUGUGAUGUUACCAUAGAAACCAAGCUCCAGACCAAACAUUGACCUGAAUGAGAGGAACGGAGAACUUCUGAAUGAAGAAUCACAUCGCGUGUGUGUACGGAUUCAUUCUUUUAUAUCAUACUUCACACUGAAUUUCUUCAGGCAUCAUGUUUGUUUUCCAAAAGUUCCAUAUCAUAAUUUUGUAUGAAGUCUCAGUGCAUAAUGAACCCUCGAUUUUUUGGGUGUAUACGCAGUUGAUACAUGGGACACACGAAAUAUCUGCGUGUGCAUGUGUGUAUGUAGAUAUAAUUGUUCAUCAGUCGUGAUCGUUUUGAUAUACCUCUCGUGUCUGUAGGAACGUGACCUACAGAUGGAGAAUCCACUUGUCUCUGGCAUGGACAGACAGAAAUCAUACCCUCUAGUCUUACAUGGGCCUGAUCAUGUUAUUUAUAUUAAUCAGAGUCCUAAUUUACAUUGUUAUUUACUUCAUUGUCUAAUCGGUCACCAAAGUUGUUGUGUAUAGGCAGAUAAGUUCUUAAUAUAUAUAAUGAUCUACUGAUAUAUAAUUGUCAAGUAUUUAUAUUGAUGUUGAAGAUAUUUUAUCAAAUCAGUAUACAGGAAUCCGACUCUUAGCAUUGUUUUUUGUGUUUUUUUUAUAAUUUAACAACAGAGAGCAUUAUGGGACAUGAAUUUUAUCUUAUAAUACUUAAAACUGUUAUGUAUUUUGUGAACAUUUUUAUUGUGAUGUUCAACAGUUUUUCAUUUUGUUCUGACAUUUUCCUUUAUGUGUGUUUAGUAUCAUUGAACAUUUGACAGACUCCAGUUAAUUAUGAGCUUGUUUAUGAACUAUUUGGAUUUUUGAGUGGCGUGUGAAUGCAUAGACUCUGUAUAUAUGUAAUAAUGUAAGAUUUUUAUGAUUUUUAACAGUUGUCAGAUGUUAUAUGUACAUAGAGAAAACCUAAGUUAUGACAGGAGCUACAUAACUCACUGUUUUGUUGACAUGUGCAGACAUUGUUUCCUUUCAUUAUUUGUCUUUUUUCUUAAGUCCAGAGGAGAACUUCAGAGCUGAUAUUACACAAUGCUUUUGUGAAGUGUUGUCACCGAACAUUUCUGUGAUUUCUCUCUUCAGUCUUGUUUUACCACAGCCUCUGUAGCCCCGGGGUGUCUGGAUGACCCCCUGUUAAGCCCGGGGCCUAGUGACGACUACUCUUGUAGCAUCGGCUCAGGCUCAGCGGGGGGAUCAUUUCGACGCCCACGUUGCUGGAGGCAUUACGCUGUAUUAUGGAGUCCCACUACGUGUCAUGUUUUAUCUCGCUGUUUUCUUUUUUAUCUAUGACUGGAACCAUGAGAGACUUCUUCAGUGACAGCUCUUUAAUUCCAUAUUUUUAUCUUAUGAGGUUGUAUCCAUGGCAACAGUCAUGAUGCUAUCAGUUUUUUUUCCAUUGUGAUAGAUUUUAUAAUGACUAAUGCCAAAACCUUAAGGAUUGAAAAUUUGUAUCAAAAGUUUUUUAAAGUAAAGUAUCCUAAUUAA